AUGGUGGCCAGCGUGCGAGUCCAAAAGCUGCUUCGACGGUAUAAACUAGUGAUUUCCGCUGCUUUGAUGAUCCUCCUGGUCCAGGGACUUGUGGUUUGGAGUCUUAGGAGCUUGGAAGAAGGCCCACCAGAGGGAAAAACAAGACGGUCCAAGCUGCCCGACCCCAACAGCCAGGACUCCAAGAGAGACAAAGCAAAUUCUUUGUCUGGGCAGAACAGGGGCAGAUGGAGCACCAGGUUUGAGAGGCAGAGGGGAACGGCAACCCUCCCGCAGAGGAAAGGCGGCAACCGGCGAGCCGCGAAGCCCGGCGUCAGACAGAAGACCCCCCAGGAGAGGGGGAUGGCGGCGGCCGGGCUGGACGGCGCAGUCUCUCAUGAUCUGUCAAGCAGCCGCCGCAACUUCAGCCUGGACGGAGCGGCAAAGAUGCAAGCCACUGGGAUCCCCGGGGAGCCCGGGAGCGUGGACGGCGCGCACCAGGCACCCAACGGUGACUUCAUGCCGAAAUGUGACAUCGUGGGCAAGGACGCACUGUCGGCUCUGCACCGCGCCAGGUCACAGCAGUGCCGGCAGGAGAUCGCCAACAUUGUGUGCCAACAUCAGGCGGGGCAGCUCAUGCCGGAAGCGCUGCCCCAGUUCUGCCCUCAACUCGGUGUGUCUCAGCCGGUCGAGGCUGCAGGCGACGUGGAGCUCAGCUUGUCCAAGGUGGAGAACCCGGUCAGGGUGGCGUUCGUGCUGAUGGUCCACGGCCGAUCCGUACGGCAGCUCAGGCGUCUCAUCAAGGCCAUAUACCACAGAGAUCAUUACUACUACAUCCAUGUAGACAAGCGGUCCGGCUACAUGCAUCGGGAGGUGCUGCAGAUAGCCGAGCAGUACCCCAACGUGCGCGCCACUCCCUGGCGGAUGGUCACCAUCUGGGGAGGGGCCAGUCUCCUGAAAGCCUACCUGCGAAGCAUGCAGGACCUGCUCGCCAUGCAGGAGUGGAAAUGGGACUAUUUCAUCAACCUCAGCGCCACAGACUUCCCGACCAGGACCAACGAUGAACUGGUGAUGUUUCUGUCGAUGCACCGAGACAAGAACUUCCUCAAGUCGCAUGGGAGAGAGAAUGCAAGGUUCAUCAAGAAGCAGGGCCUCGACCGGCUUUUCCACGAGUGCGACAACCACAUGUGGCGUCUCGGUGAGCGCAGCAUCCCAGAAGGCCUGGAGGUCUCCGGCGGCUCCGACUGGUUCGCUCUGACCCGCCGCUUCGUGGACUACGUGGUCGGCUCCCGCGACCAGCUGGUGUUGGGCCUGAAGCAGUUCUACACCUACGCUCUGCUGCCCGCCGAGUCGUUUUUCCACACAGUGCUUGGUAACAGUCACAUGUGUGACACCCUGGUGGACAACAACCUGCGUGUCACCAACUGGAACCGUAAGCUGGGCUGUAAAUGCCAGUACAAGCACAUCGUGGACUGGUGCGGCUGCUCCCCCAACGACUUCAAACCACAAGACCUCAUUCGGAUUCAGCAAUUGACUCGUCCGACGUUUUUCGCCCGAAAGUUUGAGUCGACGGUGAACCAGGAGGCCAUAGACAUCCUGGACACCCACCUGUACGGCCAGUACGCCCCGGGAACUGUCGCCAUCAAGGCGUACUGGGAGAGCGUUUUCGAGCAGCUGGAGGGCGUCGGCUCCCUCAGUGACGUGGCGCUCACAGCUUACACCUCUUUCUUUCGCCUGACCCUGAAGGGCCUGAUGACCUCUCAGAGCCAGACAGAAGCCUGCAGGUUUGAACCAGUAGGUGACCCUCUCUCCGUCCAUUUGUACUUCUACGAUGACCGUUUCCAAGGCUACCUGGUUCGCCAGGAUGUGCGCGGCGUGGAGUCGAAGCGCAGGGAGACGCUGGAGCUGUGGGCCAUGCCUCAAGCGACGCUCGUCUUCGAGACGAACCUCAAAGAGUUCGAGAGGCUCAAGAAUCUGGAGAUCGGGACAGACUGGGAUCCCAAAGAAAGGAUCUUCCGUAACUUCGGCGGCGUCAUCGGCCCGAUAGACGAGCCGCUGGCGGUCCAGAAGUGGGCCCGCGGGCCCAACCUCACGGCCACCAUCGUCUGGAUCGACCCGGCGCAGGUGGUGGCAGCGUCCUAUGACAUCACAGUAGAGAUGGACGCAGAGUACACGCAGUACAAACCGCCUCUACAGCACCCCCUACGGCCCGGCGCCUGGACCGUGCGGGUGUUGAAACAGUGGAAGCGUGUAGCGGAGGUUCGAUUCCUCGUGAUGCCGCUGACUUUUAAUAAUAAAGAGCCACUGCGCAGAGAGGAGGACAGCUGGCUGCAUUCGGGCCCUCCUGGUAACCUGUAUCUGGACCAGAGCUUCCAGCAGCUGAACUCCGUGCUGAAGCUGCCUCCUCAGGAGCCCGCCAUGCAGGCGGCCCGGCGAGCCGCUCAGCUGGUGGGCCGGCCCCUGGACGCCUGGGUGGACAGCCUGGUGGGGGCGUUCUGGGUGAUAGGUGACCUCUGUUCCACCAAGACCUCCUCCUGCCCGGCCGUGGGGCUGUGCACCAAGACUACCUGGAGCUCCCUCUCCCCUGAUCCAAAGUCCGAACUGGGCCCAGUCAAAAGCGACGGGCGGAUCAGGUAGCGCGAGUAGAAACACUGAACACACAAAACACUGCUGGAAAGCCUGAAUGAACCCGAUAUCUGCACACACACUCCGAGGAGCUGCUGCUGCCACAGGCAGAAACGACGGGAGGACUGCAGAAAAUUUGCACAUUGCCUGCAAAAAAAAAGACAAACAUAUCAUGUUUUGCUGAACGGGUACAUGAAACCCCACAUGUUUCGGUAUGAUUUUAGCUGCCGCACACAUUUCCAGCCACACAACUGUCUCAGUGGAAAUGCAAGGGUCCUCGUUCGGUUGUCCCCUUCAAGCAGCUGUUUCCCUUCAUUUCAAAGGAGAGUAGAACCUCUGGAUCUUAAUAAUGUGCUUAUUUUGAAGCAUAGGAGAGAUGCAUGAAGUGCACUUUACUGCAGGAUAUUGUCGUUGGUUACGGCGGGAGGGGUCGAGGGCGGGACGUUUUAAUACGUCUGUGCAGGGUCACAUAUUUUUUUGCAACAACUCAUCACUAAAUACAAGGACAUGUUGGAGAAAAUAGCUGUAAUGUUUCCUUUCAAAAGUAUCUACACCCCUUAUAUUUAUCUUUUACAUUUUGUCAGGUUGCAAACACAAACUUUUUAUAGGAAACUAACAUGAAAUAGUUUACAGUUGUGUUGCGUGCAGCCUCUUUAACUUUGGUACCCCUAUAUAAAAUGCAUUAAUUGCUUUUGAUUUUGUUUGGUGGCAUCAGAUUGAUACAAGAAAACUUUCCUUCAACUUGAUGCUUAUCUAAUGAUUUAAACUAAAAGGCUGUAAUGCAACAAAACGUGAAAAACGUUGAAGUGUGUCAAUACUUUUGUGAGGCACUUUUGUUAAAAAUAUAUAUUUGUAGUAUUUUUUUUUUUUUUAUCUUAGUUGGUGUGUUAGUUUUAAAUAGUUUUUAUGUUGCAAAAUUCCUCUGAGGGUUUUUGUUUGUUUUUCUUUUGGGUUUUUUUGCAUUCAAAUCAAUCUGAAAAUCUUAACCCAAUCACCUGAGGUGAAAGAUCAACAUGAGCUGGAGUCAUUUUAAGUAUCAAAGAUGAAACUUUAUACUGAGAUUUAUAGCAUUACUCUAAAAACUAUAAUGAAAAUAGUUUUAAAAACCACAUUUGUUAUUAAGUUUUGUUAUGCUGUGAGGAAGAAACAAAAUGUCGUGCUACAUUGUCUGCAAAAUCAACGUCUCUGCAUCCAUCAGGGAACUUUAAAGCUCGUUUUUUCCGUUAGUUUUGAACACACUGACCUCAGUGUUAAAUGUUCAGAUUUUGUCUUUUUAAAGCAAUCGGGCCUAAAGUUACAUAUUUCCACUAAAAGUGUCAUUCUUUUACAUUGCAUGGUAGGCAUUGAAACAACAGAUCGUUAUACCUCCUGUUUGCCUGUGCAGAUGCUGUACUGUCAUGCCUGUUAUUUCUUACAUAUCUGUUUUAUUUUAGUAUUUUUACUCCUUAAAUUUUAAACAGUCCACUGUAUUUUUUUUAUUAUGUUUUUAUUUUAUUUUUUUUAACGCUAAUUGUUUUCGUUUGAUCAGGAAGAAUCUAAGCUGCCUUUAUGUGGAAAAAGGUUGACGUUUGCAGAAUAGUUUGCAGAAACGAGUGUUUUUACUUUAGUUUUUUUUUGUUUGUUUUUUUGUGUUCUGAAAUAAUGACCGUCCAACACGCACGUUGUUUUUAAGUGACCUUGUGUAGCUUGCACAGUACAGUCGCUUCAGUGAAGCCCCGGUUUUAUUGAGAGAAUAAGCAGAUUAAUGGAUCUUUGUAAAUGUUAUUUUUCUAUCCAGUUGGAGGGAAGCUGUAUGCUGUCUGUUCGUCUCUUGGCUCCCUGAGCUGUUAAAACUGCUCUCUAAUUGUGUUGCAUUCGACAGUCCACCUGUUCGGUGUCGCAUGACGCGGCUCCUCUGGGUUUUGGGAGGUUGAGAUUUCUGUCCGUGCUGUUGUGAUAGUCGGGAGCAGCCCGGACGGUGACUCAUCCUCGGCUCCGUCGCUCCGAUCUGUAGGGAACAGGAGCCUGUCGCUGCUGUGGAGAAGAUCAGACAGUCUCACUGAAAACUCAAUAAAUAGAUGACUAUAUUCCA